AUGAAUCCUCCGGAAAUUCUUCAAAUUUUAAAUAUUAAUCAAAAAUAUUUAUUUUAUUUUGCCAGUAAAAAAAGAUUCAAUCAUUUACCACCAGAUGCAGAUACAUAUAAUACAUAUUUUCCAAUUUUUCACUUAAUCGAGUUUUUAUAUGCUUUUAUUUACUGGUUAUUUGCCGUAACCGCAGAUAUAAUUUUAAUAACAGUAUGUUUAUCAAUAUUAGGUCAAUUAGAAGUGAUUAAUGAAUGCUUUGAAAAUAUUGGAGUAUUGUACAAAGAAAACAUAAUACAACAAAGUAUCAAUGUUAAGGUAUAUCAGAAGAAAAUUAAAUUUGACUUGAAAAAUAUUAUUUACAACAGUCAAAAUGUUAUUAGAAAAAUGAAGCAAUUUUAUGACACAUUCCGACAAAUAAUUUUGAUCCAAAUUGUAGUAACAUUUAUUAAUUUGGUACUUUUUUCAUACACCGGAAUGUUGAACUACAUUAAUGGCGGAAUGGUCAAUUUGAUACAGACUGUUAAACUUAUUUCAGCAUUAUUAUUUUUUGUUUUUCAUUUAUUCAUACUUUGCUUCGUUUUUGGCAUUAUAAAUGACAAGAAAGAAUCAAUGCUAUUUGGAAUUUAUAAUUCGUAUUGGACAGAAAUUAACAUAGAAAAUAAAAGGCUUGUUUUACUAACUAUGAAAAUGAUUAGUGCUCAUCAAUCAAAAAUGAAUAUAACUAGAAAUAAAACCGUGGAUUUAAUUAUGUUUGUAGGUAAAUGGGGUCUGAUAGACCCCCACGCGGCUAUGGACGUUAAAAAUAGGCACGCGCCUGCUAAAGGGUUAAUAGAUCAUACUUUAAGACACGAAGGCUUGCUAUUAUUAAUCUUAGGAUGAAUUAACGAUGGAAAAAAUCAUAGAGGAAGACCAAGAUUGCAAUACAUAAGUCAGAUAAUAGAAGAUCAAGGAUGUAAUUCAUAUCAAGAGUUGAAGAGGAAGGCUAUAAUUGACAAACAUGGA